AGGAGGGAAUGGGAAUGUGUGGCGGAGCGCAAGGGGCGCAAGCUACAUGGGUACAGGAACGUUAGUCUAGCCUCCGGAGCAGUCAGCUGCCGGCCCGUUGGCGCUCUGCCUCGCAUUUGCCGUUGUCUAGCCUUUCCCGACUGACACGGCAUGACGUUUGUAAGCAUCCAGUCAAUUAUACUAUGGUGUCGAAAUAGGUGAAUAAUCAUAAACGUUUCGGCCGUGGCUUUGUGAAGUACGUGAGCAUCGUUGACUGGCGUGAAAGAAGUCGACGGAUACAGCGUGCGUCUGCCUUCGGCAGUGAACAGGCUGCCGUUAGCACAGUUUCGGUAAAAUGAUUAAAGCGAAGUGCACGUGGAAGGUUCAAGGCGACCGUCCUGUGUCUGACGCAAUUGUAUACUUCGAAGACAAUGAAAAGUAAGUUCGACUGCUGUGCACCGUCCACUACAUUCCCUCGCUUUCGGCCCUGUGUGCGUGUCAUCUGCUGUGAAGCAAAGCAAGUGUUAUUAAAGAUCGAAUCAUUGACCUCGAAGAUGCAAUUUCUGCUGAAAAUUGUGUCCAGCUGGAAGCACCAGUAGAUGAUGAUGUCACUGGUAACUACAUUGUACCAGCCUGCCAAGUAUUCUUGUUCUGUGGUGAGACACAUCAGAUGAGCAGCGUGUCUAUUCUGUCCGAAGCAAGGGUCAUCGAAGUCUAUGGUUACCAUGGAGAAUACUUAAGCACCCUGAAAAAUGAACUUAUGGAGGAAGUGGAUGGCAUGUCUGUAUUUCGAGGCGACCUUAAACUUACAAGACCUUUGAAAGAAUGCUGCUUGAAAUUCAUCCCUCUGAAGUCUAAAGAUUCGAUGUGGCUGUAUGGAAUCAAAGUGGUGGUUCAGGAAAAACCAAGGCCAGACACACUACAGUUGUUUCCAACUUCAAUGCCUCUAAAAGAUGUUGAAGAGAGGCUAGAAGCUUCAGGGGCACAGCUGAGUGAGAAAGCCGAGAGCCUUAAGCGAAUGAUGGAACUAUUUCAGGGAACCACCGGUAUGCUGUCUGCAGCUGCGAUGUCACCUGUUUUUGCUGGCUUUUCAACAUUAUCACGUGGAGCACCGCAGCAAGUUCCAGAUGGCAUGGCACAGUUUUACAACAUGUUUCAAAAUGCUGGUCUGAAAUCACAAAUGCAGCCAACACCUACGAAGCAAGCACCCAAGCCUCCACUGGCUGCUGAGUCGGCUAGAGAGGCUGUGCUGCCAACACCAAGUGGAACCGGAGCUGUUGAGACUGGCCAGGAUGGGCUUCUUGCAGGCAUUCUAAAGCUUCUGGAGAAUCACACGGCCAAGCAACAACCUCAGUAUGAACCUCUACCACAGGCUGUAGCAAAGGAUAAAGUAAGUGGAUCAGAGUCAGCAUCCUUGGACAAGGAAUUUAUCCUGGAGCUUCUUGAGAAAUCUGGGGUUCUGAACAAGCAAACGGCCACUGUACUUCUUGCAGAAAUCAUUCAGAAAACUGGAGCCACAGUACAGCUAAACCAGUCACAUGGAGAUGCUGAAAAAAACUCUACCAAUGUUCCUGCUGAAGAUGUCACAGCAGGACAACCUGAAGUUGCAGCUGAAGAGACAAUACUCAAGGUGACAUCAAGGGCAAUUGGGACUGAUAACGAGCCAUCCAAGGAGGCUGGUUCACAGACUGAUCAGCCUGAACCUGCGCCAACAGCCAACCAAGAACCACAGCUGGUACCAGCAGCACUAACAAUGGAAACUCUUCAAAUGCAAAGGGAGGAAACGCGUGAUGUGGUCGGUGCCUUGUUUCAAGGUCUGCAAGAUCAGCUGCUGAAUCUUGUCGACCGACGCUUUGAAGAACUGAAAGUUGAAAUGGUCCAAAAACUGGACGGGAAAAUUCAAGAAAUGGAAGACCGUAUAAAUGCACGCUUCGAUGCCAUCAUAGAUGCUCUUCAGGGUCAAGAGGAGGACGAAGAAAUAUUUGAACAGCCUGAGGAAGGCUCUGUUUGAGAACGCUGCUUCAGUGCGCGCUUGUGUGUGGCUGUGUGUGGCUGUGUGCGAGGAUCGGAACUGCUUUAUUUAUUGUGGUGUGUUGGCGUUGUGGAUUGCCUAGUGUUGUACAAAAUGCUUCGUUUAAGCAGCUGGCCGAAGUUGCAUGACGAAGUUUAUUAGAAACACGCUCGCUAGUUUACCCGUAUUCUUGUAUGCACCGCCAACUUGGCACGUUUCCGCAUUUUGGUUGUCUCCUUGGUGUAGUGUAAUACGUUUGCUGAUGAUGGCGUGCCACCCUCUAGCAGUGCAACGUUUUCGGGUCAUUAAUUUUUUUUACCAAAGUAGCGCUAAAAUUUCACCUUAUUCUAUUAUAUUCACCUGGCGCUUUGGGCACAUGUUGGCCGGCUCGUGCUCAGUCUCUGAACGUCAUUGGCCUGUACACUUCUGGCGCUUUCGAGUGGACGAGGAGGAUCGAGCGUCUUUUAAUUUAAAAAAAUCUGGCAGACUCUAUCGACUCGGAUUCCAUUAACUCAAUUACUGCUAACAGUAGGUAUGGGCCCUCGACUCUUUAAUGCGCUCAGAAACUGCCACAUGAGUUAGAGAACACAUUUUAGGAGGCGGUCCCACGCUGUUCUGGAACCACAAGGGACGACACACAUCGUACGCGGUCAUGAUUAUUUUCUAGCUUAUUUGCGAUCAUCUGCCUGGUGUUUUCAGGCGGCCUUUAAUGGGUCCUCUUCGAGUUGCUGCAACAUAUUAAAGGGCCCCUCACCAAGCCUCAUUGCAAAUGUUGGUUGUAUACACUUGAAGUUAGUGAGACGCCGUCGAGGGAGCGUAUUCUUUCUUUUUUUUUCAAAUCGGUCCAUUAUUGGAGGGGGUAGAAGAAAUCGAACUGUGCGCUCCCACUUCGUCUCGACCAGCGAUCUCUAGCAGCGUUCCGCCCUUCCCUUCCACACCGGUGCCGAGGGAGCCGCGUCACGUUUGCUUCAUGAACCCCGUUGCUUUUUAAAGGGAUAAGCAUUAGAAUUCGCUGUGGAAAAAAGAUGUAUGAAGUGUGGGAAGCCAGUCACGGUGUGUGUGUGUGUGUGUGUGUGUGUGUGUGUGUGUGUGUGUGUGUGUGUGUGUGUGUGUGUGUGUGUGUGUGUGUGUGUGUGUGUGUGUGUGUGUG